AAAGUGCGCUCCCAGAUCCCUCCGGGCAGGGCGGGCAUUCACACCUGUUUUAUUACCAGCUUUCUGAUUACCCCAACCUGCCCACGAUCCUAACCACUCCUCCCUCCUGAAAACAUUCCUCAGCGCACCUAAGGCGCCUGCAUUGCUGCUGCUGCUGCUGCUGCCGGGGGGGAGGGGAGCUGCCGCCCCAACCCCUCCGCUGCCCCUGCCAAGCCUGUGCCAGGAGUUUUUUUGCAGCAGGAGGAGCAGGAAGCUGCCCGGAUAAAUCACAUGACGCAGCCGCCGCCGCUGCUCCCGGGCUUAGUUCAGCGCUCCUCGCACUGGGAGGGGGAACCUGCUGCAGCAGCCAGCGCUCCGCAGCCGCCGCGGCUCCUCGCUCGUCCCUGCUGGUGAAUUUCCUGGCCGCUCGCUCCAUGCAGCUCCUCCAUUGCGGAAGUGUCGCGGGGGCAGCCUGAGGCGCGGCGCGCUGGCCCUGGGGGCGCCCGGCUCCCCGCGCUGGAUGGUGCUGCGGGGGUAACAUGCUCACUCGGGUGAAGUCUGCCGUGGCCAAUUUCAUGGGCGGCAUCAUGGCUGGCAGCUCGGGCUCGGAGCACGGCGGCGGCUCGGACUUGCCCCUGCGCUUCCCCUACGGGAGACCCGAGUUCCUGGGGCUGUCUGCGGACGAGGUCGAGUGCUCCGCCGACCACAUCGCCCGGCCCAUCCUCAUCCUCAGCAAGGAGACCAAGCGCCUGCCCUGGACCACGGGAUAUGCCGAGGUAAUAAAUGCAGGGAAGAGCACACACAAUGAAGACCAAGCAAGUUGUGAAGUGCUUUUUGUAAAGAAGAAAACUGGAGGCACCAAUUCUACACCAAACAAAAACACACCCACCAAACGAAGGUCCUCACUGCCAAAUGGAGAAGGACUACAACUGAAAGAAAACUCAGAAAAUGAUGGCAUCAAUUUGUACUACUGGUCACUGUUUGACGGACAUGCUGGAUCUGGGGCAGCUGUUGUAGCAUCCAGACUGCUUCAUCACCAUAUUGUGGAGCAGCUGCAGGAGAUUGUGGAGAUCCUGAAGAACUCUGCAAUCCUUCCCCCAACCUGCCUGGGAGAGGAGCCAGAAAGCAUGGUCGCUAACAGCAGAACUCUAACCAGGGCAGCCUCCCUGCGUGGGGGGGUUGGGGCUCCGGGCUCACCCAACACCCCUCCAACACGCUUCUUUACAGAGAAGAAGAUCCAGCAUGAGAGCCUUGUUACUGGAGCUAUUGAAAGCGCAUUCAAAGAAAUGGAUUUACAAAUAGAGCGAGAGAGGACUGUUUACAAUAUAUCUGGUGGCUGCACAGCCCUUGUUGUUGUGUAUAUGCUGGGGAAGCUCUACGUGGCAAAUGCUGGUGACAGUAGGGCCAUAAUAAUCAGGAACAAAGAAAUUAUUCCAAUGUCUUCAGAAUUCACUCCUGAGACUGAGCGUCAGCGACUGCAAUAUCUGGCUUUCAUGCAGCCCCACCUACUGGGUAACGAGUUCACACAUUUAGAAUUUCCAAGGAGGGUGCAGCGUAAGGAAGUUGGAAAGAGGAUGCUCUACAGGGACUUUAACAUGACCGGCUGGGCAUACAAAAGCAUUGAGGAGGAUGACUUGAAGUUUCCGCUUAUAUAUGGAGAAGGCAAGAAGGCUCGUGUCAUGGCAACUAUUGGAGUAACUAGAGGACUUGGAGACCAUGACCUGAAGGUGCAUGACUCCAAUAUCUACAUCAAACCUUUUCUGUCCUCAUCUCCCGAGGUGAGAGUCUACAAUCUUCUGCAGUAUGAGCACGGACCAGAGGAUGUGCUGAUCUUAGCCACCGAUGGACUCUGGGAUGUAUUAUUAAAUGAAGAGGUGGCAGAAGCUGUCACAAACUUCCUACCAAACUGUGAUCCUGAUGAUCCCCACAGAUACACGUUAGCAGCUCAGGACCUGGUGAUGCGAGCCAGGGGAGUGCUGAAGGACAGGGGUUGGAGAAUAUCCAAUGACAGACUGGGCUCAGGAGAUGACAUUUCUGUCUAUGUCAUUCCUUUAAUACAUGGAAACAACUUGUCAUGAAAGUAGCACCGACAAUGAUAAUGGGAGGGUGGUCUUUUUAGGAAGAGCCUUUGAAAAGAUGUGAUGUUCAGAUCUGACCAGGACAGUUCUGAUUGAUGUAAUUUAAUCUAAACUCAUGCUGGAAGGUGACGUUUCUGCCCAAAAGGUAGGGCUCUGCACAGAUACUGUACACGAUUAAAGGUAUCUCUUAAGGUUACAGCUUCCCUAUAUUAAUGGGUUUUGGUGCUUAACAGGAAUGGAACUUAAAUGCUGCUAAUAUAUUAUGGAUUGAUGGUUCCCUGUAUUGUCCCUACAUGUGAGGACCCCAUUGUGACCUGAAACAGGACUUGGCUGUUUCAAGCCACAUGGUAAACUGAAAAAGAUUAUUUUCAGUUUUGAAAAUAGAAACAGGGAUUGAAAGCCAGUGAGGCUCUCAGCAUUCCCAAGAUGACUGAAGUCAUGUCCUUGGGAUGGGUCAUAAAAAAAAAAUAAAUAAAUAAAACUUGAGCUGACACUUGAUGUUAUUGGUCAUUACGAGUCAUUGUCAUUCUUUUUCUAUGAAGAACUUCCAAAAAUUGUACAUAUGUGGUUGAGUUCUCAUUUUUCCCAUUUAAACCCCCUUCAGAACACUCUGGAGACUUUACAGCUCCUUAUUUCACAUGUUUUGGUGGCAAAACCAAGACUGUCCUUGUGACUUGGUCUAACCCACCACAGCCAAGCCAUCUGCAAAAAUUGCCUUGGCGAGUAAGGCACAUUGUGUUGGAACAAGAAUAAAUCUUGCAACAGGAAUUGUUUGUCAAGAUUUCCUUUGAUGUGUAACCAUGAUGUACCAGAUCUUUACUUGAUGCAGAGUCCCUCUGGAAGCCAAGGUUUCUUUGGGUAGGGCUACUCUGCAGCUCAGGUAGACUGACUCGUGCUAGCGGGGCUCGAGCUAGUGCGCUAAAACUAGCAGCAUAGACAUUUCAGCUCAGGCUGGAGCUUGGGCUCUCAAGUCUGAGAUCUGUGGGCUUGAGAGGCUGAACUCCAGCCUGAGCCACAAUGUCGACAUUCCUAUUUUUAGCUGUUUAGCUUGAGUCCAUCUGCCCAGGCUGGGAGGCUUGCUCCUAGCUGGAGGGUAGACGUACCUUUUGGGACCUAGGAUUUUCAUUCUUUGGCUGGUUCUGUGUUCUUUGUCAUGCAUCCUGUUGAAAAGAUCACUGGACAUACAGCUUAGCGAUCAGUGUUCCGUAAAUGUAUUUUGUCUUCUGAGUUUGGGUGUCUAUUUUAAAUGUUAUUGUUCUACUUGUUAACCCAGAAACAGAUAGCAACCUUACUGAAAACAGUUUCACUUCUGUCUCCCUUAUUAUUCACCAUAAAAGCCCUCUGCCCUGCCCCCAUCAUCAGAAGGUGGCAACUCACUCAUAACUGUGCACCUUCUGAUACUGGGGUAGAGGAUUAACAUGUUAGUAGAAGUCCUUGGCUUGCCUGGUCUCCUCUGCCAGUUGUACUCUAUGUUAAAAAAAAAAAAAAAAAAAAAAA